CUUAAACCGUACGUGAAACUCACAUUAAUGACCAGUUCAAUGAAAUUGCUUGAACCAAAUGAUGAGAUCAGUGUAAAAGUUGCCAUAACUGGUAUCCCUUGGACCAAAGAAAUCGCGAAUUGGUUGCAAUGCAUGGAACAGAUUCCACCUAAAGAUCGCAAUUCCAGCAUCCUCAUUGACCAUCAAUAUGUUCAGGUUCCAUCUGGUCAUGAUGGCAGCCCCAUGAUCAGGGAACCCGACGGACCGAAGUACUUUCAGCGCAUCGCAGCGAACAGGAUUAAGAUAAAGCCGGGAUUUUGCGGAACAUACCCGUUAACAGCGGAAUCCAAAGCUAUAGUUUUAGAGGAGAAUGUCAACAUUGCUGGUACGUCAUCCUUUCCUCGCAAAGCAGAUAAUAUGUUGGGUCUACUAUGGAUACCGCGCAGGAAUUACCCUGACAUCAUAAAAGGUCUAACGUCAGAUGGUGCAUGUUUACAAUCGGAUUGCAACUACAUCGAAGGUCUUCAAAUCACGUUGGCUCCACACCGGAAUUAUUGCACGUGUUACGUCGAUGGUCUUGGGACGAAUCUGAAAUGCGAAAUUCUGCAUAAGGGUGCCCUUCGCCUCUCCUGCCUUGACACAGAAAAAUCCAUCUUAAAGAGGAAGAUAGCUAUCAUUCUUAAAGAAGCGAGUGGGUGCGAAAGUAGAAGUGAAAUUACUCUUCCACCAUGCGGUAAGGAUAGAUUGAGCCCACAAUUUUUUGACAGUAUUGAAGCAUCACCUGUGCAACUAAAAUCAGCGGGUGGCUCCAUGACUUGCUUUUGGAGACCGCCUCCGGGUGCAUCACCAACAAAAUACCGCGUUUGGAUCAACAACAGCGCUGAGAUCUACUUGCUUGGCGAGGAGGAUCCCUCUCACCUAUUUGCGUUCAUUCCCUCCAAAGAUGUUCAGUCCGAUACGCCAUACUCCUGUCUCGUUGAGGCCUGCUUUGAAGUGGAAUUGCCUGUGCCUAUGGGUGUGCAAUUAGUAUAUGAGCGUGGUGGUUUCCUCCGAUGCUACUGGGAGCGUCCAGCCAAAGUGGACAUUCCACUGGUCCACUAUCGAACAUUCCUCUACGCUGAUGGUCGAAAGAAGGAGAUUCGGCCACCUACAAACGCUCGGAAAACAGCGAUUGAUUUUAUCAACGAACGUUUAGAACCAAACAGAGAGUACAGUUGUGAAAUAAUGGCCUGUUAUCAAGAGAAUCGCGGUCGGUUGGUGUGUAGUCGUGCUUCCCCCAAGUCCACCAUAACAUCACCAGUUCCACCACCUUCAAAACCCUUGGAUGUCAAAAUAACAACACCGGAACCAAGAAGCAUCCAAAUUGAAUGGAGAAAGCCGGCAGAGGCUGAACUGCCUGAUCAUUUGCUUUAUGAAUUUGUCUUUAAAUGGAUACCGCAGGAGACCGAGUAUCUGAUCACCUUCAAUCCACGGAAGGAGAAAGGUGGGCUGGUCUAUCUGCACAAGACCGACAGAGACUAUCAGCAAGUGGAGGCGAGCAUUGCAGCCUGCAGUGAAGGAAUCGAGGGGAUUGGAGGUGGCUGCUCAGAAGCAGUCAAAGUGAAGGGAAUUACUUGGCCUGGAAGACCAGAACCCAUUAAAAAACAGAGCGUUAAGGUCAGUAACCUUAAUGAGUUGAUUGUGACCUGGGAAACGCCCAAGAGCCCACCAGGAGUGAUGGUAAAUUACACAGCGACGAUUGAUAACGAGCCUCAUAAUGUGUCACACUCUUGCAACGUGAAACACCGGGACUUUGUGAGUUCGCUAUCCUGCAAGGUAAAGGACAUCCCCAAUUUGAACGAAUUCAACCUUACUGUUAUUGGCUGCAUUGCGCCUAAUAGUGAUGGAAAUGGUGGUGGAUGCAGCCAUCCCUCCGUACGUGCCUAUCACCGCAACAUGCAAAGAAGCCCAUUAACUCCAUCAAAUGUCAGUGCUGUGGAAAUCGGUGCAGGCCAACUGCAGGUAAAUUUCCAGGUGGACGAGAAGCUUCAAGCGAACACAGUAUAUUUUCUGGCGGAAGCGAAGGUGGAAAAUAGGACAGUAGCGCUGUGCCGAACAUAUCUAGCUUGUGUGACGCAUUUCUGCAUCUUGGAGGGUCUCAACAGCAGCGUCAAUUACACCAUCAUCACGCGCUCCUGCAAUGAGGUUAACGACCCAAUGGACGAACUGUGCAGUCCUCCAUCAAAUCCUGUUUUCGCCAGUGUGACAAUUUCUGGAAGGGCUUCUGAUGUGGUUUUGAUUUGUACCAUUCUGCCAAAAAUUAUGUUCACACAACUUAUUUAA